UCACGUGACUCUAUGUCGUCACCAGUUCGUUCCUUUCCGCAUCCCUACCUGGUGGUUCAUUCUGUAACUUUAGCAUCAUUUUCCCCUGGUUUAACCUGCUUGUCAUCUCAUGUAGCAGCUUUUUGUUGGGUGUAAAAGUCGUUCAGGUUUGUUUUUUUCUACUGGUCUGCGGUUCUGGACCCGGAAAGGUUUUAUUUUUCAUGCGGAAGCCACUGGAAGAGGCGGGCUAGCCUCUGGAAGCUAACAGCUGUUUGGGUUUCAGCAGCGGAAAGUCGCUGUCAGGCAGCCAAGCUUCCUCAAAGGUUCUAUGACCUUUGACCCCAUCAUCCAGACCCAGGAUGUACCCCCCUCCCAGGAAGGACUUCAUCGCGCUGACCCUGAGCGACCCCCACAGUCACGCCUACAACAACGGCAAACACCGGAGACAGUCCUGCUGGAGGAAAUGGAAGCAGCUUUCUCGGAUGCAGCGGAGCCUCAUCCUCUUCCUGCUGGCUCUAAUGCUCGUGUUCGCGCUGCUCUCCUUCCCCAGCGUUGUGGAGCAGCGGAGAGGGCGGUCCGAUACGGAGGACUGGCUGGAGCUGAGUGACAGAGGUCUGGUUCCCCCGGUUCUGAAGCCGGUUGAAGGCAGAGGCCCGGCAGCCGGGCCCCAUGUGGAGCCAGCUGACCCGAUGGAGCCCAGAGGACCGAACAUCCCUGCUUUGGCUAGGCCGCCCACCAAGAGGAAGCCAUUUCCCAACAAAAGAGCUCCACCAAACUCCCGAAAGGAAGGAAAUGCUUUGGACACAGUGAGCGACGCAAAGCAGAACCAGGAAGUGGUUCGGGAAGAAGCCGGCGAGGAAAAGGAGGAGGAGAGAGUCAUCAGCAGGAGAGGAGCUGAGCCGGCCACAGAACCACUGUCCAAUCAGAAAGAAGCUGUGGAGCCUCAAGCGCCGGCCAAACCUGCUGCCUCCGUCCAUCAGCAAGUUUCCCCCGGAGCGGCGGAGCGUCUGGAGGCCGUCCGCGACGCCUUCAGGCACGCUUGGAAAGCCUACCGGGAAUACGCCUGGGGUCACGACGAGCUCAAACCCAUCUCCAAGUCAUUCAGCGAAUGGUUCGGCUUGGGCCUGACGCUCAUUGACUCUCUGGACACCAUGUGGAUUAUGGGGCUAAAAGAAGAAUUUGCUGAAGCUAGAAGCUGGGUGGAGAAAGAGCUUUCCUUUGACAAGAACGUGGACGUGAAUCUUUUUGAGACGACCAUUCGGAUUCUGGGCGGACUGCUGAGCUGCUACCACCUGACAGGAGACCAGCUCUUCUUAGACAAAGCUAAAGACCUGGGGUCCCGAAUGAUGCCGGCUUUCAAGACACCAUCAAAGAUCCCGUUUUCAGACGUCAACAUCGGGAAGGGGACGGCACACCCGCCGCGGUGGACGUCAGACAGUACAGUCGCCGAGGUCACCAGCAUCCAGCUGGAGUUCAGGGAGCUGAGCCACCUGACCCAGGACCCCCAGUACCAGGAYGCUGUGAACGAGGUGAUGCGGCUCGUCCACAAGCUGCCAGGGAAAUACGACGGCCUGGUUCCCAUGUUCAUCAACACCAACAGCGGCCAGUUCUCCCAUAAAGGCGUUUUCACGCUGGGCGCGCGGGCCGACAGCUACUACGAAUACCUGCUGAAGCAGUGGAUCCAGGGCGGGAAGACCGAGGACGAGCUGCUGGAGGAUUACCUGCAGGCGGUGGAGGGAGUGAAGAAGCACCUGGUGAGGCAGACCGGACCCGGCAGGCUCACCUUCAUCGGAGAACUGUCCCAAAACCGCUUCAACCCCAAAAUGGACCACCUGGUGUGCUUCCUGCCGGGGACUCUGGCUCUGGGGGCGCACAGCGGCCUGCCGCCGGACCACAUGGACCUGGCCCAGCAGCUGAUGGAGACCUGCCACCAGAUGUACAGGCAGAUGGAGACGGGGCUCAGCCCGGAGAUCGCUCACUUCAACGUGCAGGGCAGCGAAGGCCAGGACGUUUCUGUGAAGCCUGCUGACAGACACAACCUGCUGCGCCCCGAGACGGUGGAGAGUCUGUUCUACAUGUACCGGUUCACCAAGGAGGCCAAGUACAGAGACUGGGGCUGGGACAUCCUGCAGAGCUUCAACGCCUUCACCAAGGUCCCUGGCGGCGGCUACACGUCCAUCAGCAACGUCCGUGACCCCGCUAACCCCGGCCCCCGGGACAAGAUGGAGAGCUUCUUCCUGGGCGAGACGCUGAAGUACCUCUACCUGCUGUUCUCCGACGACGAGGAGCUGCUCAGCCUAGACAAGUACGUCUUCAACACCGAGGCUCACCCUCUGCCCAUAUGGCCUUCUCCGCCCAAAUGAAGCCCGGAGUCCCGCAAGGUCCAGGUUUCAGCCUCCUUUAUUUUUCCUAAGGAAAAGCUUUCAUAUCCGAACUCGGAUCAGACUCACCAGAACACUUUGUUACGACUCGGUUAUCGAUUAAUGACUGUACAUUUUCUAAUUUUGGGUUAUUUUACAAGGUGUAAAUCACUCAUUAGUGCCAUUUAAUGUCUGAACCGUACAUUUAGUGGUGAUUUAUCACUUCUGUGGGUAAAUAAUGGAGACGUUUAAUAAGUGAGCCGACAUUCUUCAUGAACCAGGUUCUUCAAUGAAUGUAGUUUAUUUUUUUUCCGGGUUAAUUUAUGUUUAUUUAUUUGGGCUUCAUGGAUGUUUUUGUUUGCUGUUACUUGGAAAUUCACUUUAAAUGAAGGGAUUUAUUGAACUGUCUGGACCUGAGAUGGACUUGCAGCCAACUCUGACCUGGAAGAAACUUGAAUAGAAAGUAUUUUUGAAGGUCAGAUGGAGAAAGAAAGAUCAUUUUUUCCUACUACAAAAUAUUAUGGCCAUCAUACAUGUUGAGGUUUUCCGCAGAAAUUCUCGCAAAAUCAACAAAUCACUGAAUUUUUGUUGCAAAUUUUACAGAGAAAUUGUCAAAAUCAUCAGGUUAAAGUGACAAACUCCCACCUGUAGGGGGCAGUAUUGAUUGUAUCAGCUUUAAUUGAUGUCAAAUCAACAAAGUGCCAUCCCUCUGUUCUCCACGAGAGUUACAAGAAAUUAUUGCUCAAUUUCUCACAAAGCACCUUGGAAUCUUGGAGUUACAGAAAAAUAUAGUACAUUUUUCUCGAAACAGUAAAUUUUAACCAAACUAUUCAGAAAUUUUCAGAUUUAUUUAACACAUUUACAUUAAAAGAAGAAUUCUUUCCAAAAGGCGCAAAUCAUCAAAAUCAGCCGAUUUUAACUAUUGUUUUCAUUUUCUUUUUUACUUGCUAAUUUCUUUUCUCUGACAAAACAUGAAAUUAAUCUCAAAAUUUCCAGGGGCUUUUGGCAGAAAAUCAUUGUGUAUAAUUACCGUAAUACUUGGCCAUAGUUUUCAUUUUCUCCUGAUCCAGGAAAAAUUAGAAGAAAAAAAAAAGAUUUGGGGAAU